AUGGCACGGGAUGGGAAGGCGCUAGCCGUCGCAAUCCGGGAACGGGUUGGCCAUAUCAAUCGCCUCUAUCGGUCGGGAAAGCCGCUGUUCCCCCGCGAAAUGUUGGCCGAUCUGGAUCGACAAAUCGACGAUGGCAAUGAGGAGAUUCACAUCGUGGAUUUGGAAGGCGUGGGACAGACCUACAGCAGGAGCGUACCUGGUUGGUGUACAGACUUUGCAAACACGUAUCGGAUCAGUUAUCACAGCAUCCAGUCGCUCACUUGCGUCCACCCCAGUUUCCCUGAGUUGAUCCUUCGCGAUCGGGCUCCCGUGUCUAUCGGUUAUACGAGUGCCUGGGAACCCUGCAAGACGACGCUGGAUGAUGUGCGUGAUGUCUUCUUCGCCAAGCGCCAGGCCUGGAGGACAAGUGCUACGUGCCAGGGACUCCUACAGCAUUUAUCGUCCAUGGAGAUCCGACCACGUAUCACCAAGAUUGUGUGCCUUGGACUGGGCAGCUUUGGUGCGAUCAACGGCUGCCACUCUACGCGCUGUCACGCCCAGCAUGCGGCCAUAGAGACAAUUGCGACAGCUUUGGCCCGGCGCGGGGUCAGUGGAGGGCAUGAAAUCCAAUGCUUCGCGCAAGACCCGGCCUAUGACUCUGUGGACCACGCGCUUUUGCGCGAGCUAGGGAUCUAUCUGCUGGAUGAUCCCAAAGGUUUUUUGGAGAUCGACGAAGAAACGCUUGUUUUCUCGGUAAGUCCAAACGUCCCUGUCAAACAGAUUGUUGCGGAUGUCCAGUGGCCCGCCGCGAUGAUCUGGAAUACGGUCGUUGCGGAGGAAAAGGAAGAUACACGCUGGGUCAAGCGAACGGAGGAAAAUGGGGGCAUUUCAUGGAUGUGCCCGUUCACGACGGAUCCUGACUCGAUGCGCGUGCGGAGCAUGGUGAAGAAAUACAGCCAGGAAACCCUGCAGGACCCAAAUGAAUACUUUGGCGACUUGACCAUCUACAUGAGAGGGCCCGCAUGA